UAUGACAAGGUCAGGGGUUAGUCUGUCCAGAUAUGAGUGGCCAGACAGACUCUUUCACACUAACCACCUACCUUCCCUUCUGGGGUGCCCUGGCGAUUUGGCCUGCUGCCCUUACUGCCCAAAUGGGGAAACUGAGGCCGGGAGAGCGAGCGUCGCAGCCCAGAGUCACGCUCUGAUGCUCCGCCCUCUUCUUUCUCUUAGCACCUCCCCUCACCCAGAGCCCUCCCUCUCAACCUCCAUCCUUCAUUCUCUCCCUAAUCUAUUCUAACACGCCCUUCCCCAAAGAACAACCGAGGCCCCGCCCCGGAUCCUGCUAAUGAGAUGUUGCGAGGCCCCGCCCAAGGAGUUAUGCAAAUAAGGCUCCCGGAGGCCCCGCCCCUCGCUCCGCCGAGGAGUCUGCGCCGCGCGGACCCGGGCAUACAGCUAUUCCAUCUGUUCGUCCGCCAGCCAGCCAGGCCAGCCGUCAGUCUGUCCGUCCCGCAGUGCCGGUGAAGUCUAGGAGGAUCGAGGGCUCAGGCAGCAGCAGUCCCGACCCGAGCAAGCCUUGUGGAUGGAGUACUUGACCCAGAGUGCUUACCCUCACCUGCCUGGGCCUCAGUUUCCACAUCUGUGCAAUGGGGGUGACCAUCCCUUCCCUGGUGGCCACCAGGAGCAGCUGUGAGUCCGUGGGCGUGGCGGCUGCCUGUGGGAAGCCAUAGGGCCCUUUCACAGGCCCCAGCCUUCACCAUGGCAGGAGGGAGACCUCAGCUGAAAAGGAGUUUCUCCAUCAUUCCCUGCUUUGUCUUCGUAGAGUCGGUGCUGCUGGGCGUGGUGGUCCUGCUUGCUUACCGCCUGGAGUUCACGGACACCUUCCCUGUGCACACCCAGGGCUUCUUCUGUUAUGACAGUACCUACGCCAAGCCCUACCCAGGGCCUGAGGCUGCCAGCCGAGCGCCUCCUGCACUUAUCUACGCCCUGGUCACCGCUGGACCCACCCUCACGAUCCUGCUGGGGGAGCUGGCACGUGCCUUUUUCCCCGCACCACCCUCAGCCAUCCCCAUCAUCAGGGAGAGCACCAUCGUGUCUGGGGCCUGCUGCCGCUUCAGCCCCCCACUGAGGAGGCUGGUCCGCUUCCUGGGGGUCUACUCCUUCGGCCUCUUCACCACGACCAUCUUCGCCAACGCGGGGCAAGUGGUGACCGGCAACCCCACACCGCACUUCCUGUCCGUGUGCCGCCCCAACUACACGGCCCUGGGCUGCCCGCCGCCCUCACCAGACCGGCCAGGGCCCGACCGCUUUGUCACCGACCAGGGUGCCUGCGCCGGCAGCCCCAGCCUGGUGGCCGCUGCGCGCCGUGCCUUCCCCUGUAAGGACGCUGCCCUUUGCGCCUACGCAGUCACCUACACGGCGAUGUACGUGACAUUGGUGUUCCGUGUGAAGGGCUCCCGCCUGGUCAAACCCUCACUCUGCCUUGCUCUGCUGUGCCCCGCCUUCCUGGUUGGCGUGGUCCGCGUGGCUGAGUACCGCAACCACUGGUCUGAUGUACUGGCCGGCUUCCUGACUGGGGCGGCCAUUGCCAUCUUUCUGGUCACCUGUGUCGUGCACAACUUUCAGAGCCGGCCGCCCUCCGGCCGAAGGCUCUCCCCCUGGGAGGACCUGGGCCAAGCCCCCACCAUGGACAGCCCCCUCGAAAAGUUAAGUGUGGCCCAGGAACCCGAGGCCUGCAGGCCGCAUUCGACACCGGCACGGCUCACCCCAUCCAAGCCGCAGAACUGCGCCCGCCGUGGCCACCUGAUCCCCAGCUGCGUGUCCUCCAGGGCUCCAGCCAUGUGUUCGUCGCCCCGUGUGCCCCGCCCUCGAUUGAGGUCUGAGCCAACACCCCUGCCAUUGCCCCUGCCUCUGCCAGCACCAACCCCCAGCCAGGGUCCCUCACCUUCCUCUCCUGGGCCUGGGGGGCCGGGCGGGGGUGGUGGACGUGGCCGGAAACUGCUGCUGCCCACACCCCUGCUUCGGGACCUAUACACCCUUAGCGGACUCUAUCCCUCCCCCUUCCACCGGGACAACUUCAGCCCUUACCUGUUUGCUAGUCGUGACCACCUGCUGUGAGGCCUGACCACUACCCAGAAUCUGCCCAGUCCCCGUUUCUUCCCUGCCACACGUGUGUGUGCGUGUGCCAUGUGAGUGCCAAAGCCCCUGUCCCCAAACCAGCCAGGCCCAGACAUCAGAGGAUGGCUGGAAGGACAUUUGGGGGAUCCCCCCUCUUGCCCUCAGGGACAUCUAAGUGGGCAUAAUUGGAAGGUGGGCCCUUGCCCCCUAGGAUUGCCCUUUUAAGGUCUGAAUCCUGACCCUAUUGGCCAUUGCCAAGCCAAUGGGAGCCUCCAGUUCUCUAAAUUCUAACCAAAAGUUUACCUUAGCCAAUGGGAGCCUCAUUCUCAAUUCUUCGAAUCCUCAGGCAAGAGGGCAACUCUAGCGUCUGAACAACCAAUAUGAGUCCUUGGUUUUCGGAAUUUCUAGGGUGGGUGGGUAUGAUUCCAGCCAAUGGGGGACCACCCAUGUCAAAGCCUGUGCUAAAUUGAGAAGGGAGGCGAGGUUAUCCUUUCUCACUGGGUCCUCUUGCCUCAGAAUCAGAAUCCUGCCAGAGGGUGGGGGCAGGCUCCCCCAUGGUAGGGUCCUUGGGGCAUCCCUUCCCCUCUCAGUUCCUCCCCCAAGUGUACCGUCUCACCCAGUCCCUCCUAACUCCCUACUUAUGCAGGGUGUGUCCAUUUCAGAGGUUUGAGGAUUCAGGGUGCUGUAUCCCCUUGCCUGUGCCCAGGUCACCCCCAACUCUUCUGUUAUUUAUUAGAUUUGUGAGAAAGGACUUCUUUUUUCUUGGAAACUGCCCCCCCUGUUCUUCACACUGUACCCCUGUGCCUCAGCCUCAUGCAGGUGUGCCAACGUGGGGGGCAUGAGUGGAGCAGAGAGGGGGCUCCCCAACCUUGGGGCAUCCAAAGGCAGUGGGAAGAGGAAACACUGCCUCCCUUUCCUGCCUCCUCCUCAUCUUUAAUAAAGACCUGUUUGUAACAGAA